CAUGCAAUGACGGUACACAACGGUAUUGAUUUUGAAGUUUGGCAACACUGAUUAUGACAUGAAAGCAAGAUGGCGAGUUCAUCUCCGUUUGAUGGUUCUCUGUGAUAAUUCACACAUUAGAUGUCAUUUUUCGAACUUAUUUCGUAAUGGUCUGGCAAAUCAAACAAUAGUGAAAAAUUCUCUAAGUAGUGUUAAAGUGUUUUCUGUACUGUAAAGUGUUCGUAUUUUAGUUAGUGUGCAUCUAACCCACCUGAGGAAUGUUGGUUUUUUCAGUGAUUUGUGAUUCGGUCAGGUGUUUUCGUUUUAGUCAAAAUUAAAAUUUUGUUCUUGCGCAGUGAGUUAAGUUCAUAGUUCAGAUGUAUUUGUGCCGUGGGGAUGCUAGAUGUCGGGACUGUUUCCAAUGUUGGGAAACAAAAGCGUGAACUAUUUGUUUUGAUAGACCGUGAUAAAAUAAAUUGAGAAGGUCGGACGGAGAAAGAGCUCCGGCCGGAGUAAUGGCCUUCAGUGAGAAGGUCGACCCCGAGCUGAUCUUCACGAAACAGGAGAAGAUCGGCAAAGGCUCGUUCGGUGAGGUGUUUAAAGGUGUCGAUAACAGGACCCAGCAAGUGGUCGCUAUUAAAAUAAUCGACUUAGAAGAAGCUGAAGAUGAAAUCGAAGACAUCCAGCAGGAGAUCAUGGUGUUGUCACAAUGUGACAGCCCAUACGUUACUAAAUAUUACGGAUCAUACUUAAAGGGAACAAAAUUAUGGAUUAUAAUGGAAUAUCUGGGCGGGGGGUCGGCGCUGGACCUGAUGAAGGCUGGCAGCUUCGAGGAGAUGCACAUAGCGGUGAUCCUCCGGGAGGUGUUGCGAGGCCUCGACUACCUGCACUCAGAGAGGAAGCUGCACAGAGACAUAAAGGCUGCUAACGUACUGCUCAGUGAGAUGGGCGACGUCAAGCUGGCUGAUUUCGGUGUGGCGGGCCAAUUAACGAACACGACAAGUAAACGCAACACUUUCGUGGGCACACCGUUCUGGAUGGCGCCGGAGGUGAUCAAACAGUCGUGUUACGACAGCAAAGCCGACAUCUGGUCGCUCGGCAUCACCGCCAUAGAGCUGGCUAAAGGCGAGCCUCCCAACUCAGAGCUACAUCCCAUGAGGGUGCUCUUCCUCAUACCCAAGAACAACCCUCCGCAGCUGACAGGCAGCUACUCAAAACCGUUCAAAGAGUUCGUUGAGGCGUGCCUGAAUAAGGACCCAGAAAAUAGACCAACAGCUAAGGAAUUAUUAAAGUUCCAGUUUAUCCGGAAGGCAAAGAAGAAUUCGUAUCUAAUGGAUCUUAUAGAUAGGUAUAAGAAGUGGAAGGCGCAGCGGAGCGAGGAGAGUGAAACCGAGUCGGAGAAUUCAGACUCAGAGGAAUGUCGGAGUGGUGACAGCGAGGCGGACGAGCCCUGGAUCAUGACGGUCCGGGGCGGAGCGCUACAGCCGCCCGCAGAGCGCGACAACAAACGACGCAAUAACCACCACGACGAUAAUGUGACAAGUCGCGAGGCGGUGGUGGCCGGCGCGGGCCCGAAGCAGAACGGCGCGGCGCCGCUGAGCGCGGAGCCGGCCGUCGCGCCGCCGCCCGCGCCCGCGCCGCACGCCGCGCACGCGCCGCACGCACUCAACAACAACACGCCAGACAAACUGCCGGCCACGCCUCUGGACGAUAGAGGAAGAAACAGCGAAGAGAACAAAGUGAAGAGGCAUCCGUAUUUGCAACAACUUAUAUAUCCACUACUCAAUGAGCUGUCCCGCAAGCACGGGUCAGGUAGUGCGGCCGCUAUAGAGGAACUGCGGCGCGCCUUCGAGCACGCAGAGCGAGCCGCGCCACACCUCACUCGCGCAUUCGUGGUGCAGAGGGUGGCAACUCAGUCGCAUCAACCGUCGACUCCCUCCCACACUCCUCCCUCGCAGCAGUGGAUGAGGGACCUAUAAUACCAGUAGCGUGAGCGAGCAAGUCGCGCCGCUACCCGCGCACUGGGGAUGAGACCAUUACCAACGUAACGGCGGACUAUUGACGACAUAUUUGUUACAACACACCCAACUACAUGUGCGACAUCUACGUACU